UAGAGUCCGUCAGCGAUGGCCUCCUCCAGCUUUAGGAAGGCAAGCAUGGCAUCAACUUCCCAGCGAAAGAGGAUGAGUUCUAAGCCUGAGCUCACUGAUGAGCAGAGGCGGGAAAUCCGCGAAGCCUUUGAUCUCUUUGAUGCUGACGGUACCGGCACCAUUGAUGUCAAGGAACUUAAGGUGGCUAUGAGGGCCCUGGGCUUUGAGCCCAAGAAGGAAGAGAUCAAGAAAAUGACCAACGAAAUCGACAAGGAAGGUACAGGAAAAAUGAACUUCAGCGAGUUUCUGACUGUGAUGACCGAGAAAAUGUCUGAGAAAGAUACCAAAGAAGAAAUCCUGAAGGCUUUCAAGCUCUUCGAUGAUGAUGAAACUGGGAGGAUCUCCUUCAAAAAUCUGAAACGCGUGGCCAAGGAGUUGGGCGAGAACCUCACUGACGAGGAGCUGCAGGAAAUGAUUGAUGAGGCGGAUCGAGAUGGGGACGGAGAAGUCAGCGAGGAGGAGUUCCUGCGGAUCAUGAAGAAGACCAGCCUCUACUAAAGCAGCCGCUGCUCUCCUGCGGGCACACGCAGCGAGAUCCAGUGCCUGCCAUCGUGUGAAACCUCUUUGGAGAACACCAACUACCCCACCCACUGACUUCCCAGUAGAACUUAAGUACCAACCCAGUUCUUUUUUCUCCUUUAGAAGGUGUUCUUUGAUGUUACACUUCUUUGUAAAAUGACCCACUGAUUGUUUGCAUUCCCCGAAGCAGAACUAGAGCACAUUAGAAGGGAGAAAAUGGAGAAGAGGGUCCGAAUGCUUUCGCCCGCCUGCCCUUUGGCCUUGCAUCACCUCCCUCUUCUCACGCAAUCCGCCUCCAAACGCGGCACUUGUCCUCCCUGUCGCCACAAGCAACAGACCCCUCUUGGGUGGUCCUAGUUGUUAGUUGACACCGGACUGUAGUUCUCUCUUUUAUAAAACCUGGUGAACUCUCUCACUGGCAUUCCGACGUGUGUUUAGUGCUCUUUGUUUUGUCUUAAAAAUAA